CCGACGUCCACCUCCGCCGCCGCGGCGUGCUCAAGCCAUCUCUCAGGCCCACGUCUGCCACGUCUCGCACCGGCAAUCAUCGCGCCUUUGCAGCCACCAUGGCGGCGUCUCCCAGGCUGACGCUGCAGCAGCAGGCAUUCCGCUCUCUUCUGCUCGCCUAUCACAUCCGUGCCGCAUCCGCCGACUUCCAUGCCGCGCACCUCACCUCCACUCUCUCGCCGCUUUCCUACAAGCCUGGCGGCGCCGCGCUCUUCGCCUGGACGCACCUGAAGCGCGCCUUUCUGCCCACCUACAGCAUCCUGCGCGGGCCGAGCCACGCAAGGGGCGUCGGCGCAACUCGCCCUCAAGCGGCGCCGCUCACUGCCGACUCGCACGCUGCCGUCAAGGCGCUACAGGAGGCCAUCCAGGCGCGUGUCAGCGACGCACGCUUGCACAUCACAGGGCCGCAUCGGCGAGACAUCACCGCGGCCCGGCCACUCUCGCUGCUCCUCAUCCACCCACUCGCCUCGCACUCGCCCGAGGCAGCCUUGCCGGGCACUGCAUCUGAUGCGGCAUGGCACGCUCGUGGCGCGAUGCAGCAGAUGCUCUUGGAGGAGCGCUUGUUGCUCACGACGCCCGGCGCCGCCAAGGAGUCUUCAACACCACAGGAAACGAGGCAAGCGGCGCACGGCUACGUGCCCCUCUUCUUGCCCGACGCCGCCCGCACGCCCGUUGAUCUGCAUGCGACCACCUGUCUCUCCCCCGGCGCCGCACAGCUCCUCCUCACAGGCGACGCGCGCUUUGCGCGCUUCCUGACGGAUCUUGCCGAGGAGGGAUUCGGCAUGCGGUUGGAUGCUCAUGGGCUUUGGACGCGUCCUGGGCUGGGCUCAUCACGAGCCGAGACGCGCGCCGUAGGAGGCAUGGGCUCGUCUGGCGUGCCAACGGGAAUGCAGAUGCGUAGCUUCCUAGAAGAUGCGCAGCCAGAGGAAGCAGCAGAACGACAUGCUUCUGCCCUCUCUCCUGCGCCUGACGCAUUGAGAAUGGCGGAGCCACCGAGCACACGGGAGCCUCAAGAAGAAGGAGCAGAAGCGUCGGCAGACGCAGCGCUCGAAGCUCGACGCGAGCGGAAUCGCGCCAUGGGCUUGCCACCAGACUUUGACAGCGGACUCGGCCUCGAUUCUCCGUCCGACGCUUCCUCGUCGCAAGAUCCGCCAUCAGCCAGUGGCACCACCCCGCCGCAAGCAGAGCUGAUGGCGAAGCAGGACAAGCCACGCGAGGAUCUGUACCAUCCAUCUUGGCGGCGUCUCUGUGCGGAGGCAGACGAGGAGAUGAUCCUGGACACGCUCGGGCUGGCUUAUCUGCCGCCUGAGGCCAGAGUGUCGAGGGCACAGGCUGGGCGCGAUGGAUGAUCCAAUGACAUUGGGCUCCCUCCUUGCCCGCUGUGGACGUAGCAGCAAGAGGCCAUUGGGAGCGCUCUCAUGUGCGACGCCCUGACUCUCCACUCCUCUUCUCGCUCCCUCGUCUCGAACCCACAGAGAAGGCACGUGGCGCGGACCUCUCUCACCCGCUCCGUCCCAUCUGCCAGCUCCCAGCUGCCGCUCUCAGCUCGAGGUGCCGCCGACGAGGAUGGCGAAGUUCUAGUAGCGCAUGCGCGGCAGCGGAGAGGCAGGAGGCGAGAGAGGCGAUGUGAUGCGUCAGCGAAUGAGCCUCACGUGCGUAUGACAUGCCCGGGCGACUGUGCCAGCGCAGCAACGCCUCACAGGACGUCUCUCGGCCUCUCCAAC